AUGAAACCGCUAGCAAAGACCAGUCUCGCAAUGCCCAUACAAGAAAUGAUGCAGAGCAAAUUCACUAAAGAAACAGGACAAUCGGGCCAUGCAGCCAAACACGACAGUGAUAAAACGGCGGCUGUUAAAAUGGGAAUGUUUGGAGAGCGAACGAGGACGACAUUUCAGUGGUAUCCACAUAAUUCACUUGCGAAACGCUUCAACAUUCCCAAUCCGUAUCCUGGAGCUGAGAUUGUUGGCGUACCGCAUUUACAAAGGACAUCAAAGAAAGAAACGUUACUGAACUUGGGUCUACCACAGACAGCUAAUGAUCUCGCCCAAAGGAAAGCUCGUGAGGAGAUCCAUCAUGAAGAGGAGUUGGAGAAAGAAGCCAAAGGAAUGCAAAAGAGAAGACCUGGACCGGCCUCCGAAGUCGAUAUUCGACGUGAUUUUCGGCGAAAGUGA